AAGGCCGCGGGGGCUGAGGGACAGAGGCGGAUGUCCUGGCUAACCGUUUCCCCCACCCAGGAUGAGGCUGCGGCUCCUGGUGGCCGCGCUCUACGCCGGGAUCCUGACAGGGGUGCCCCGAGUACCAGCCCAGCAAAGGGAGAGAGUGACCUGCACGCGCCUUUACGCCGCUGACAUCGUGUUUCUACUUGACGGCUCCUCCUCCAUCGGCCGCAGCAACUUCCGAGAAGUGCGCGGUUUCCUUGAGGGGCUGGUGCUGCCCUUUUCUGGGGCAGCCAGUGCGCAGGGUGUGCGCUUUGCUGCUGUGCAGUACAGCGAUGACCCACGGACAGAGUUUGGCCUGGAUGCGCUUGGCUCAGGGGAUGACGUGAUCCAUUCCAUCCGUGAGCUCAGCUACAAGGGGGGCAACACGCGCACAGGGGCUGCAAUUCUCCAUGUGGCUGACCAUGUCUUCCUGCCCCAGGUGGCCCGACCUGGUGUCCCCAAGGUCUGCAUCCUCAUCACAGAUGGGAAGUCCCAGGAUCUGGUAGACACAGCUGCCCAGAGGCUGAAGGGGCAGGGAGUCAAGCUGUUUGCUGUGGGGAUCAAGAAUGCCGACCCCGAGGAGCUGAAGCGAGUGGCCUCACAGCCGACCAGCGAUUUCUUCUUCUUCGUCAACGACUUCAGUAUCUUGAGGACACUCCUGCCUCUCGUUUCCCGGAGAGUGUGCACGACUGCUGGUGGUGUGCCUGUGACUCUACCCCCUGAUGACUUGACUUCUGGGCCACGAGACCUGGUGCUGUCUGAGCCAGGCAGUCAAUCCUUGCGAGUACAGUGGACGGCAGCCAGUGGCCCUGUGACUGGCUACAAGGUCCAGUACACUCCUCUGACAGGGCUGGGACAGCCCCUGCCAAACGAGCGGCGGGAGGUGAGCGUCCCAGCUGGUGAAACCAGCAUGCAGCUGCAGGGUCUCCGGCCACUGACUGAGUACCAAGUGACUGUGGUUGCCCUCUACGCCAACAGCAUUGGGGAGGCCGUGAGCGGGACAGCUCGGACCACUGCCCUGGAGGGGCCGGAGCUGACCAUCCAGAACACCACAGCCCACAGCCUUCUGGUGGCCUGGCGGAGUGUACCAGGUGCCACUGGUUACCGUGUGACAUGGCGGGUCCUCAGUGGUGGGGCCUCACAGCAGCAGGAGCUGGGCCCUGGGCAGGGGUCAGUGUUGCUGCGUGACCUGGAGCCUGGCACGGACUAUGAGGUGACCGUGAGCACCUUGCUUGGCCGUAGUGUGGGGUCUGCCACCUCCCUGACUGCCCGAACUGGUGAGAAGCCUGGGGGCUUUUUCAAGCUGGGUGGGCAGGCAGGCAGGGCACAGAGGCCACUGACGUCCCAUGUGCCCUGGGCAGACACUUCUGUUGAGCAGACCCUGCGCCCGGUCAUCCUGGGCCCCACAUCCAUCCUCCUUUCCUGGAACUUGGUCCCUGAGGCCCGUGGCUACCGGCUGGAGUGGCGGCGUGAGACUGGCUUGGAGGUGCCACAGAAGGUGGUGCUACCCCCUGAUGUGACCCGCUACCAGUUGGAUGGGCUGCAGCCCAGCACUGAGUAUCGCCUCACGCUCCACACUCUGCUGGAGGGCCGCGAGGUGGCCACGCCUGCCACUGUGGUCCCCACUGGGCCAGAGCUGCCCGUGGGCCCUGUGACAGACCUACAGGCAACCCAGCUGCCUGGACAGCGGGUACGAGUGUCCUGGAGCCCAGUUCCCAGUGCCACUGAGUACCGCAUCACUGUGCGCAGCACCCAGGGGGUUGAGCGGACCCUGGUGCUUCCCGGGAGUCAGACAGCCUUCGACUUGGAUGACAUCCGGGCUGGGCUCAGCUACACUGUGCGGGUGUCUGCUCGAGUGGGUACCCGUGAGGGUAAUGCCAGCGUUCUCACUGUCCACCGGGAGCCAGAAACCCCACUUGCCAUCCCAGGGCUGCGGGUCGUGGCAUCAGAUGCAACGAGGGUGAGGGUGGCCUGGGGACCUGUUCCUGGAGCCAGUGGAUUUCGGAUUAGCUGGAGGGCAGACGAUGGUCCAGAGUCAAGCCAGACAUUGCCCCCAGAAUCUACUGCCACAGAUAUCAUGGGGCUGCGGCCUGGAACCUCCUACCAGCUGGCUGUGUCAGCACUGCGAGGGAGAGAGGAGGGCCCCACUGUGGUCAUCGUGGCUCGAACUGACACACUGGGCCCAGUGAGGACAGUCCAUGUGACUCAGACCAGCAGCUCAUCUGUCACCAUCGCCUGGAACAGGGUUCCUGGUGCCACAGGAUACAGGAUCUCCUGGCACUCAGGCCACGGCCCAGAGAAAUCCCAGUUGGUUUCUGGGGAGGCCACGGUGGCUCAGCUGGAUGGGCUGGAGCCAGAUACUGAGUACACAGUGCACGUGUUGCCCCAUGUGGCUGGUGUGGAUGGGACCCCUGCUUCUGUAGUUGUGAGGACUGACCCUGAGCCUGUGGGCAGUGUGUCGAAGCUGCAGAUCCUCAAUGCUUCCAGUGAUGUUCUGCGGGUCACCUGGGUGGGGGUCACUGGAGCCACAGCCUACAGACUGGCCUGGGGCCGGAGCGAGGGUGGCCCCACAAGACACCAGAUGCUUCCAGGAAACACAGACUCCGCAGAAAUACGUGGCCUCGAAGGGGGAGUCAGCUACUCCGUGCGCGUGACUGCACUUGUAGGGGACCGUGAGGGCGCACCUGUCUCCAUUGUCGUCACCACGCCUCCGGAGGCUCCGCCAGCCCUGGAGACCCUUCGUGUAGUGCAGAGAGGGAAGCACUCGCUCAGCCUGCGCUGGCAGCCGGUGCCCGGAGCACAAGGCUUCCGUCUGCGUUGGCGAGCCGAGGCUGUCCCAGGUGGCCAGGAACAGUCUCGGGUCCUGGGGCCCGAGCUCAGCAGCUACGAGCUGGACGGGCUGGAGCCGGCGACCCCGUACCGCAUGUGGCUGAGCGUCUUGGGGCCGGCUGGAGAAGGGCCCCCCCUGGAAGUGACUGCAUACACUGAGUCACCUCGUGUCCCAAGCACUGAACUGCGUGUGGUGGCCACCUCAGUCGACUCAGUGACUCUGGCCUGGACCCCAGUGUCUGGGGUGUCCAGCUACAUCCUAUCCUGGCGGCCACUCAGAGGCCCUGGCCAAGAAAUGCUUGGGGCCUCACAGACACUUCCGGGGAUCUCGAGCUCCCAGCAGGUGACAGGACUAGAGCCCGGCAUCUCCUACAUUUUCUCCCUGACACCUGUCCGGGAGGGUAUACAGGGUCCUGAGGCUUCUAUCACACAGAACCCAGUGUGUCCCCAUGGCCUGAUGGAUGUGGUGUUCCUGCUGCAUGCCACUCGGGACAAUGCUCAUCGUGCAGAGGCUGUGAAGCGAGCCCUGGAGCGUCUGGUGUUUGCGCUUGGGCCUCUUGGGCCACAGGCGGUCCAGGUUGGCCUCCUGUCCUACAGUCACCGGCCCUCCCCACUGUUCCCGCUGAACAGCUCCCAUGACCCUGGCAUCAUCCUGCAGAAGAUCCGCAACAUCCCCUACAUGGACCCGAGUGGGAACAACCUGGGGAUAGCCGUGGUCACAGCUCACAGACACCUGAUGGCACCAGAUGCUCCCGGACGCCGCCAGCAUGUGCCAGGGGUGAUGGUUCUGCUAGCGGAUGAGCCCUUGAGAGGUGACAUCUUCAACCCUAUCCGCGAGGCCCAGGCUGCUGGGCUCAAAGCGAUGAUGCUGGGCCUGGCGGGAGCCGACCCAGAGCAGCUGCGUCGCUUGGUGCCGGGCAUGGACCCUGUCCAGACUUUCUUCGCCAUGGAUGAUGGUCCAAGCUUGGACCGGGCAGUCAGUAGUCUAGCAACAGCCCUGUGUCAGACAGCUUUGGCCACGCAGCCACAGCCAGAGCCUUGCUUGGUGCAUUGUCCAAAGGGCCAGAAGGGGGAACCUGGAGAGAUGGGCCUGAAGGGACAAGCUGGGCCUCCCGGCCCCCCCGGCCUCCCGGGCAGGAUCGGUGUUCCUGGCCCCCAGGGGCUCCCUGGAAGUACCAUUGCCAAGGGCGAGAGGGGCUUUCCUGGGGCAGAUGGGCCUCCAGGCAGCCCUGGCCGCCCUGGGACUCCUGGAACCCCUGGCCUAAAGGGCUCCCCAGGGUUGCCUGGCCCUCGUGGAGAACCGGGAGAACGAGGGCCUCGAGGCCCGAAGGGGGAGCCGGGAGAGCCUGGACCAGUCAGGGAAGGUGAGGGCCCAGGGCUUCCUGGGCAGAAAGGGGACCUUGGACCUCCGGGCCCCCCUGGAUCUCGUGGCCCAUUGGGGGACCCAGGACCCCGUGGUCCCCCAGGACUUCCUGGAACAGCAGUGAAGGGUGACAAAGGUGAUCGUGGGGAACGGGGCCCCCCUGGACCAGGUGAUGGUGCCACUGCUCCAGGGGAGCCUGGGCUGCCGGGUCUUCCUGGAAGCCCUGGACCCCAAGGCCCAGUUGGCCCCUCUGGAGAGAAAGGAGAAAAGGGUGACUGUGAAGAUGGAGCCCCAGGUCUCCCAGGACAACCUGGGACGCCCGGUGAGCGGGGCCUACGGGGACCUCCUGGAAACGUUGGCCCCAAAGGUGACCGAGGACUGACAGGGGCUGUGGGUGAGACUGGAAAGAAGGGUGAACGUGGAUCCCCUGGCCCAGUGGGACCCCAGGGGCUGCCCGGAGUUGCUGGACGUCCUGGAGCCGAGGGUCCUGAAGGGCCACCAGGACCCACUGGCCGCCGAGGAGAGAAGGGGGAGCCUGGUCGUCCUGGGGACCCUGCAGGGGGACCUGCUGGUGCCGGACCCAAAGGAGAGAAGGGAGAUGUGGGGCCCCCUGGGCCCAGAGGAGCCCCUGGAGUCAACGGGGAGCAGGGCCUACCCGGUUUGGUUCUUCCUGGAGACCCUGGCCCUAAAGGAGACCCUGGACUCAGGGGUCCCAUUGGCCUCACCGGCAGAGCAGGAUCCCCAGGUGACUCAGGGGCUCCUGGAGAGAAGGGAGACCCUGGGCGGCCUGGGCCCCCAGGACCUGUCGGCCCCCGAGGACGAGACGGUGAAGUUGGAGAGAAAGGUGAUGAGGGCCCCCCGGGUGACCCAGGUUUGCCUGGAAAAGCUGGCGAGCGUGGCCUUCGGGGGGUACCUGGAGCUCGGGGGCCUGUGGGUGAGAAGGGAGACCAGGGAGAUCCUGGAGAAGAUGGACGAAAUGGAAGCCCUGGACCACCUGGACCCAAGGGUGACCGUGGGGAGCCAGGUCCCCCAGGACCCCCUGGACGGCCGGCAGACACAGGACUUGGAGCCAGAGAGAAGGGAGAGCCUGGGGACCGUGGGCAGGAGGGUCCUCGAGGACCCAAGGGUGACCCCGGCCCCCCUGGAGCCUCUGGGGAGAGGGGCCUCGCUGGACUUCGGGGGCCCCCAGGCCCACAGGGGGACCCAGGGGUCCGAGGCCCAGCAGGAGAAAAGGGUGACCGGGGCCCCCCUGGUCUGGAUGGCCGCAGUGGGCUAGAUGGGAAACCAGGAGCUCCUGGCCCCCCUGGGCUGCAAGGUGCUGCAGGCAAAGCUGGGGACCCAGGGAGAGACGGGCUUCCGGGCCUCCGAGGAGAACAGGGCCCCCCUGGCCUCCCUGGCCCCCCUGGAGCACUGGGAAAGCCAGGCGAGGAUGGCAAGCCUGGCCUGAAUGGGAAAAACGGAGAGCCUGGGGACCCUGGAGAAGACGGGAGGAAGGGAGAGAAGGGAGAUUCAGGAGCCCCUGGGAGACAAGGUGACGAUGGCCCCAAGGGUGAGCGUGGAGCUCCUGGUAGCCCUGGACUCCAGGGCCCCCCAGGCCUCCCAGGGCAGAUUGGCCCUUCCAGCCAGGGUUUUCCAGGUGUUCCAGGAAGUGUGGGCCCCAAGGGUGACCGUGGGGAGAGUGGACCCAAAGGGGAACAGGGCCUCCCCGGAGAGCGUGGCCUGAGAGGAGAACCUGGGAGUGUGGUGAAUGUGGAGCGGUUGCUGGAAAAUAUUGGCAUCAAGACGUCUGCCCUGCGGGAGAUUGUGGAGACCUGGGAUGAGAGCUCCGGCAGCUUUCUGCCUGUACCUGAACGGCGUCGCGGCCCCAAGGGGGAGCCAGGCGAACGGGGACCCCCAGGCAAGGAGGGCCCUAUCGGCUUUUCUGGAGACCGCGGGCCGAAGGGAGAUCGUGGAGACCCCGGCCCUCAGGGGCCACCUGGCCUGGCCCUUGGAGAGAGGGGCCCCCCUGGACCUCCUGGUCUUGCCGGGGAGCCUGGAAAGCCUGGUAUUCCUGGGCUCCCAGGCCCGGCUGGGAGUGUGGGGGAGGCAGGAAGGCCAGGAGAGAGGGGAGAACGGGGAGAGAAAGGAGAACGUGGAGAACAGGGCAGAGAUGGCCCUCCUGGCUUCCCUGGACCCCCCGGCCCUCCUGGCCCCAAGGUGGCCGUGGAUGAGACAGGUCCUGGACUGUUUGGAGAACAAGGACCCCCUGGACUCAAGGGAGCUAAGGGGGAGCCAGGCAGUGACGGCGAACGAGGCCCCAAAGGAGACAGGGGUAUGCCAGGCAUCAAGGGAGACCAGGGAGAGCCUGGACAGAGGGGUCGUGAUGGCAGCCCGGGUCUACCAGGAGAGCGCGGUGUGGCUGGGCCUGAAGGGAAGCCGGGUCUGCAAGGUCUGAGGGGGGCCCCUGGCCCAGAGGGUGGCCGUGGAGACCCUGGACCAUCUGGUGCCCCGGGUCUCGCUGGCCCCGCGGGACCCCAGGGACCUUCUGGCCUGAAGGGGGAGCCUGGAGAGACAGGACCACCAGGAAGGGGCCUGCCUGGACCUACUGGAGCUGUGGGACUUCCUGGCCCGCCUGGCCCUUCAGGCCUUGUGGGUCCUCAGGGGGCGCCAGGUUUGCCUGGACAAGUGGGGGAGACAGGGAAGCCGGGAGCCCCAGGUCGUGAUGGUGCCAGUGGAAAAGAUGGAGACAGAGGAGCCCCUGGUGUGCCGGGAUCACCAGGUCUGCCUGGCCCUGUCGGACCUAAAGGAGAGCCUGGACCCAUGGGGACGCCUGGACAGGCUGUGGUUGGGCCCCCUGGAGCAAAGGGAGAGAAGGGAGCCCCUGGAGGCCUUGCUGGAGACCUGGUGGGAGAGCCGGGAGCCAAAGGUGACCGAGGACUGCCAGGGCCACGGGGCGAGAAGGGUGAAGCUGGCCGUGCAGGGGAGCCUGGAGACCCUGGGGAAGAUGGUCAGAAAGGGGCUCCAGGACUCAAGGGUCACAAGGGUGAUCCAGGAGUCGGGGUCCAGGGCCCCCCUGGGCCAGUUGGUCCUCCUGGUCUGAAGGGAGACUUGGGCCCCCCUGGACCCCUUGGUGCUCCUGGUGUUGUCGGGUUCCCUGGUCAGACAGGCCCUCGAGGAGAGAUGGGUCAGCCAGGCCCUAGCGGAGAGCGGGGUCUGGCAGGCCUCCCAGGGAGAGAGGGAGCGCCAGGUCCUUUGGGGCCACCUGGACCACCAGGGUCAGCGGGAGCACCUGGGGCCUCUGGACUCAAAGGAGACAAGGGAAACCCUGGAGUAGGGCUGCCUGGGGCCCGCGGCGAGCGUGGGGAGCCAGGCGUUCGGGGUGAAGAUGGCCGCCCUGGCGAGGAGGGACCCAGAGGACUCACGGGCCCUCCGGGCAGCCGGGGGGAGCGUGGGGAGAAGGGUGAUGCUGGGACCGCAGGACUAAAGGGUGACAAGGGCGACUCAGCCAUGGCUGUGGGGCCUCCGGGGCCACAGGGUGCCAAGGGGGACAUGGGUGAACGAGGGCCUCGGGGCACAGAUGGUGACAAAGGACCUCGGGGAGAUAUUGGGAACCCUGGAGAGAAGGGUGCCAAGGGAGAGCCUGGUGACAAGGGCUCAGCCGGGUUGCUGGGAGUGCGUGGACUCACGGGAUCCAAGGGUGAGCCCGGUGCUGCAGGGAUCCCUGGUGACCCGGGAUCCCCAGGAAAGGAUGGAGCCCCUGGUGUCCGAGGAGACAAAGGAGAUGUUGGCUUCACGGGUCCCCGGGGCCUCAAGGGAGAACGAGGGGUUAAGGGAGCCUGUGGCCUCGACGGAGAGAAGGGAGAUAAGGGAGAAGCUGGUCCCCCUGGGCGCCCUGGGCUGGCAGGACACAAGGGAGAUAUGGGAGAGCCAGGUGUGCCGGGCCUGUCGGGGGCCCCUGGAAAGGAGGGCCUGAUUGGUCCCAAGGGUGACCGAGGCUUUGAUGGGCAACCAGGACCCAAGGGUGACCAGGGUGAGAAAGGGGAGCGGGGGCCCCCAGGAAUUGGGGGCUUCCCAGGUCCCAGGGGCAAUGACGGCUCUAGUGGUCCACCAGGGUCCCCUGGCAGUGUUGGUCCAAAAGGCCCUGAAGGACUUCAGGGCCAGAAGGGUGAGCGAGGUCCCCCUGGAGAGAGUGUGGUGGGUGCCCCUGGGGCCCCUGGGAUCCCUGGAGAGAGAGGGGAGCAGGGGCGGCCAGGACCCACUGGCCCUCGUGGUGAGAAGGGAGAAGCCGCGCUGACAGAGGAUGACAUUCGGGCCUUUGUGCGUCAGGAGAUGAGUCAGCAUUGUGCCUGCCAGGGCCAGUUUAUUGCAUCUGGAUCACGACCCCUCCCUAGUUAUGCUGCAGACACCGCUGGCCCCCAGCUCCACCGCGUGCCUGUGCUUCGGGUCUCUCAUGCAGAGGAGGAAGGCCGGGUGCCCCUCGAGGACGACGAGUAUGAAUACUCUGAGUAUUCUGUGGAGGAAUACCAGGCCCCUGAGGCUCCUUGGGAUGGCGAUGACUCAGACCCCUGCUUGCUUCCGCUGGACGAGGGCUCUUGUACUGCCUACACCCUGCGCUGGUACCAUCGGGCUGUAGCAGACGGUACAGAGGCCUGUCACCCCUUUGUCUACGGUGGCUGUGGAGGGAAUGCCAACCGUUUUGGGACCCGUGAGGCCUGUGAGCGCCGCUGCCAACCCUGAGUGAUCCAGAGCCAGGGAACAGGUGCUGUCCAGAGCUGAGGCCCAGAUAAUGAGCUGAAGUUCAGCAUCCCCCAGAGGAGUUGGUGUAUCAGCAGAACCCUGCUGUCCUCACCUUGGUGCUAGAGGCCUGUAUGCAUGUGAGCGUGCAGGAGCGUGUCCGUUAUUUCAGUGACUUGGUCCCGUGGGCCCAGCCUUCCCCACUGUGAACAAACCCCCAUUGUGGCUCCUGCCUCCCUGGCAGAUGUCUCAAUGUGGGGGUGGCUGUGGGCAGUGAGCAGAUGUGACUGUGUCUGACCCGCCCCUUGACCCGAGCCUGUGAUGACAUGGUGCUGAUUCUGGGGGGCAUUAAAGCUGCUGUUUUAAAAGG